AUGAGUAGCGCUAGUUAAAAAAGUAGAAGGAUGACUAAAUAAGCUAGGCAGACUGCUAAAAUUCACGUCUUUGUGGUAAAUAAAAUGAAGAAAGAUCCAAGUGAUUCUACUCAGUAGGAUAAAUAUGGCUGGAUUUCUGCUGAUGAGAAAUAAAAACUUUCUGCCUACUUAGAAGGGUUACCAUAGCUUCACAAUGAAAAGACUUUGCAGCUACUCUAUCUGAAUUUCGACGGCUAUGAGGAUGAGCUUAAAUAGGUAAUGCCUUUUUGGAAAAAUGCGAUUGAAGGACUUUACAAAAAUGUAUUCAUGAAGAUUGAUCUUACUUAGCAAUUGAUUAAGAAUGCAUUCAAUAUAUAUGAUAGAAGUCCCGCCGGAUUAAAGAAUAUAAUUGAAGAUUUGGUUAAGUAAGGAGUUUUAAUAAGUAAGAGGGAUUUUAUGAAGCAAAUGAAGGAUGGAAACUGGUUUAGAGUAAUGAAAAGGUAUAUGAGUCUGGAAAAUUUAGGUUGCGCAAUCAGCAAACUCAAAGAAGAGGAUAGCUAUAUCAGCUUAUAGUAUAUGAGAUUUGUCUGUGAUGAGCUGAUCAACUGGACUAAGGAACAUCAUCAAGGAGUACUCACUUACAAUCAACUGAGAUAAUAGAUAGAGAAGACAUUUUUCCAGAGUCAUGAUAACUUUCACAUAAUCAAAGACUAUCUUAAAUAAUUAGACUAUUAUGAUGUGCAUGUGAUCCAACCAGAGAAUCUAAAGCUAGUUAAAGUCAGUAAAGAAGGUCAUUUCAAUAAGUUUGACAUCAACUUUUAUAGAUUAAAGAUCGUCAUAAGGCGCUUUAGAGAACUCCUUCAAGAACAAAAAUCUAUUAAAGAAAAAAUUCAGUUAUAUUUAGAAAAUGAUAAGCAAGUAAUAAAUGAUAAAACAGGACAACUAGAGAGUGUGCCAUUAUCAUCCGAUGAAUAGUCUUUCUUGAUUGAUAAAUUAGGAAUUUUAGAUAAAGUAAUUGCUAAGGCUAAUCAUUUCAAGGGAUAAUACAUCGAGCCUAACCUUAAUCGAGUUAUAGAACUUCAAUAAAUGAAAAAUGAGCUAUCUGCUAAUAUGCAGGCUUAGUUGAUCUUGAAAUCAAUAAAUGAUGAUCUACCUAAGUUUGAAGAGAUUCUUUGCAUCUUAGAUUAGUAUGAUAGAUAGUAUGACUUUCAAGAAAUAUCAAUACUAAAUCGAUAUGGACUCUACUUAACUAACUAAGAAAGGCUUUAGGCUAUUGAUUAUUACACAAAUAUGAUAAUUAAUAGUAAACAAGAAUUUACAUGUGGAAUGAAUGAACAUAAUGAUGAUCACAUUUUUAUUUAGGAUGAAAAUAGUGUCGAAAUCUCAUCAGAGGAGAGUUAAGAGUGA